UCGCCAAAAAAUACGGUCAUGUCACGAUCAAGUUCUCGGUUGUCUGGACUUGGAAGUGUUCAAGCUCUUCUCAACCAGAUUACCAAGAAUGUUAAAAGUAUACCAUCAGAAGAAGAAGUGGAAACCAACACUUCCCUUGAUGAAAAGACUAACACUUCAGUAAAGGAAACAAUUGUUUGUAGUGAUACAGAAGCACCACUAGCAAGAGAUCUCCAAUCUGAGAGGUGUAGGAAUUAUGGUGAUGACUCUGUUGAACAACUGUGGGGUGAUGAUGAAGAUGAAAGUCUUCUUUUGAAGGCAACUCAGAUUUCUUUUACUUUGGAUGAAGAGCCAGUACAGACUUUAAAUCAUGACCUUAAUCUUAUAAAAUGUUCUGAAGUGCAAACAUUAGACUUUUUAGGCCUUGAAUCCAUGGAAUCUUCCAAUCUUCAAACAGCUCAUAUUCAGUCCACAAGGUCUUGCAAUGUUCAAACAGGUUGUACUCAGACCACAAGAUCUUCCAAUGGUCAAAUUACAGACAUUCAUUCCACGAUGUCAAGACCACUGGUUGUUGAACUUGCCAACUUGUCAAACAAUAAACAAACAAGACCUUUAAAUGUUCUACCAAAAAGAUUCAUAAGCAGUCAAUCUACGCUGCUUUCAGAUGUACAGCAGUUGGGCUUUCCAACUGGUCAAUAUGUGAGAGUUCUUCCUAGGGAAACUUCUAAGGAUGUCAUUGGUCAAUCAAAGAACAAUUGUUUUAAAUCUUUUGACACAUGUGAUGUCAGAUCAUCUGUAAGAAGUGGAGAGUGUCAAAGCAAAAGGAAUAUCCUGAGCAGGAACCAGUAUUUUCAAAGAAACAUUAAAACUCCAAAGUGUAAUCAUCUGUCAGAUUCCAAGAAACUAGGGAUGAAGCACUUUGUAUCCAAUAAUGAAUGUUAUCAGAAAGUAACUAAGGAAGUGAUGAUAAAGGACAGAUCUCAAUCUAAUAAGCCAAAUACUUUAAUCAGUAAGAGUUGCCCAUCAUCCUAUAGUGGACAGAUUAAACAAGCUAUACAGACUGAUUUAACAAAACAUGUAGAAACUGAGGACUUAGAUAAAUUAUUUUUCCAAGAUGAAAGUGAUUUAGAUGAGAUUCUGAAAUCGUUACCAGAGGAAGUUAUCAUGGGUGUUAGUAAUUUUAGUAAUUCUACAUUUGCAACAUUUCUUUCUCAUGGAGAAGACACACCUACACAGAGUAAAACUUGGAGAAGUCACAUAAAUUGUAUUAGUACCUCUUCCAAAAUGCUGACAGAUUUCAGUGAGUCCUCCGAUCUCAACCCAGAUGUUAUGUCUUGGCUAGACGAAGUAGAUUCAUCAUCUCAGCCAAGCAGUAGUCAGCCUUGUUCUCCCGAUGAAAUUGCAAAGAAAAGAGAGGAUGCUAUUCGUAGAAGGCAGAAAAAGCAACAAGAAAGGCAGCUUAUACAUUCAAGAGGUGACAGCGUGUGGCAGGGUCGGUUAAGGAGUCCUCGAUGAGCUCUGUCUGCUCUGUUUGGUAGCUGUUAGGCUAUAAAGAAGAAUAAUGUAAAGUUUGUUUCAGUGGAGCAAUCCCUCCCUUAUAUUAAUAAACAAACUCAAGACUAAUAAGAACUUGUAACUGGAAUGUUAAUAUAAUGUUGUUUACUGAACUAAUACAACAGCAAGUGAUUUAAGGUUUCCUAAAUUUGUUAUAAAUUACCUGAGGCAGACACGUUUAGUUGAAGUAUAGGUAGACAUAAAGUUCUGUAACGUAUUAAGAACUAGAAAGACAAUGACAUGACAGACAUUUGUCUGCUUUAAUUCAGGUAGUGAGAGCUUUAUGAUAAACAGUUCCAACUGUUAUAAAAAUGUUUGCUAGCCAUUCAGUAUGAUUAAUAGCUUGUUUCUAUGACUAAUCUCACAUCAUCUGAUUUACUCUAUUCAGUAAAUAUUUAUUUGUUCUGAAAUAGUUUUGAUUUGAAUGCACACAUACAAACACAUUAUUUUUUUAUGACAAUGCUGUGAGGUAAUUGUUUGUUGCUAUGUUGUACUAUAUUUGUAAAGU